AGGCAGCCCUCCAAUUGAAUUAUUCUUUCCCAUUUCACUCCUCCCGCUUUUCCAUGCCCGGUCAAAUCUAAUCCCAACCCGGCCCAGCCAUGCCGACGCCGCUGCCCGCCGCGCGCCAGUGCCUCUCCCCCGCCGCCGUCGCCGCCCUCGACGCCGCCGUCGCCUCCGCGCGCCGCAGAGCCCACGCCCAGACCACCUCCCUCCACCUCAUCUCCUCCCUCCUCGCCCCCACCGCCGCGCCGCUGCUCCGCGACGCCCUCGCCCGGGCCCGCAGCGCCGCCUACUCCCCGCGCCUCCAGCUCAAGGCGCUCGAGCUCUGCUUCGCCGUCUCCCUCGACCGCCUCCCCUCCGCCCCCCCCUCCCCAAAUCAAAAUGAUCCCGCCUCCGAGCCCCCCGUCGCCAACUCCCUCAUGGCCGCCAUCAAGCGCUCCCAGGCCAACCAGCGCCGCAACCCGGACACUUUCCACUUCUACCACCAGGCCCCAACAACCCCCAACGCCGUCAAGGUCGACCUCUCCCACCUCGUCCUCGCCAUCCUCGACGACCCCCUCGUCAGCCGCGUCUUCGCCGACGCCGGAUUCCGGAGCGCCGACAUCAAGCUCGCCAUCCUCCGCCCCACGCCGCCCGUCCCGCUGCUCGGCCGCCUCCCCGCGCGCGCCCGCCCGCCGCCGCUCUUCCUCUGCAGCUUCGCUUCCGCAGACGACGCCCAGGUCCCCUCGCCCGCCCCUGCCCUCGCAGGCGCCGCCCCAGGGGAGAACAACCACCACCGCAUCACCGAGAUCCUCUCCCGCGGACGCAACCCCAUGCUCGUCGGCGUCGGGGCCGCAUCCGCCGCCCAAGACUUCGCCAGGACCUCGCCCUACCGCAUCCUCCCCGUCGGCCCCACCUCCGUCAACCAAACGGACCUCGCCGUUCCGGCACCCAAUUCCGGCCUCAUCUUAAGCAUCGGUGACCUCAAGGACCUCGUCCCCGACGAGCCCGACCUGCAGCUGCAGGAGAGGGGCCGCCAGGUCGUUUCCGAGGUCACCCGCCUGCUCGAGACGCACAGAGCGGGGCAAACACUCUGGGUCAUGGGCUGGUCGGCCACCUACGAGACCUACCUCGCCUUCCUCUCCAAGUUCCCGCUCGUCGACAAGGACUGGGAGCUCCAGCUGCUGCCAGUCACCGUCAGGCGCGACGCCGGCCCUGCAGCAGCCGGAGCCAUGCCUCCCGCCACCACUGCCACUGCCUUGCCCAAGCCUGCAACAACAAGCAGCAUGAUGGAGUCGUUUGUUCCUUUUGGAGGUUUUAUGUGCGAUACCUAUGAAGCAAAUAGUCUCGCAGCAAAUUCAUGCCCUCAGGCCCUGCGGUGUCAACAGUGCAACGACAGAUAUGAGCAAGAAGUUGCAACUAUCAUUAGAGGAAGUGGCAUUACAGCUGAAGCUCACCAGGAAGAUCUACCUUCUCUGCUGCAGAAUGGCAGCAUGACGAGUCCCAACGGUGGGUUUGAUGCAGUCAAGGUUAGAGAUGAUCAGAUGGUAUUGAAUACAAAAAUACUGAAUCUGCAGAAGAAGUGGAAUGAGUACUGCCUGCGGCUUCACAAAGGUUGCCAGAGGAUCAACAGAGAUCAUCACCAGCUGUUUCCACAUUACAUAAGUGUUCCAGCUGACAGGGAAAGAGGACCAGAUCCAAGCCAAGGUUCAGAGGCAGUUGUACUUCAAAGGGAGCUUAUUAGACCUUCAGCGGUGUCUGUUUCGCAUACCAACACAACUGCAAAGAGUAUUUCAUCGCCAUCUAUUUCCAACCAAAGGAGUGCAGACCUUGUAUUGAACCUUCAAGUCAGGCAAUCAAAGAGUGAUGAACCCCUUAAUGAUAGGGCUGUGCAGUCCCAACAUAGCAUUUCAUCCAAUUGUGACAACCGUGAAGAUCACGCGUCACCAUCAUCUUCUGCACCUGUGGCCACUGAUUUGGUUUUGGGCACCCCUCGUGGAUCUUCUUCCAAGGAUUCAAGUAAUGCCCUGGGUAAACAUGUAGAGGAUGCCGAUGGGUCAAUACAGCUGAUGCCCAAGCAAGUUAAUGAUUUGAAUAUAAAGCCUCCCCAGUUCUCUGUACAGCCUUACGCUUGCUCCAGGAGCUCCUCAAACUGGGGUCAAACAUCACCUAGUGCUCUGCAUUCAGCAGUUUCGGGAGGCACUUCUGCCUUUGGCCAAUGGCAGAGACCUUCACCCCUUACAGCACAAAGUUUUGAUUUGAGCAAUUACAAGCUACUCAUGGAACGCUUGUUUAAGGCAGUUGGGAGGCAGGAGGAAGCCUUGAGUGCUAUUGCUGCAUCCAUCGUGCGGUGCCGAUCGAUGGAGAGGCGCCGUGGUGCAAACGUGAAGAAUGACAUAUGGUUUAGUUUUCACGGCCCUGACAGCAUUGCCAAACGGAGAGUUGGUUUGGCACUUGCAGAGCUGGUGCACGGUAGCUCAGAUAACCUGAUUUAUCUGGACCUUAGCCUCCAGGACUGGGGCAACUCCAAUUUCAGAGCAAAGCGUGCCACAGACUGUAUUUUUGAGGAGCUAAGAAAGAAGCCACGAUCAGUUAUAUUCCUUGAUAAUAUCGACAAAGCUGACUGCCUUGUUCAGGAGAGCCUGACUCAUGCCAUUGAGACUGGCAGGUACAAAGACUUGCAUGGGGGGAGGGUGGCUGAUCUUAAUGACUCGGUUGUAGUUUUGUCUACAAGAAUGAUCCAAGGAUGCAAAGAUGGCUCUUUUGGAAUGGAAGAGGGCCAUGCUUUCUCGGAAGAAAAGGUUCUGGCAGCUCGUGGACAUCGACUGAAGAUCAUGGUUGAGCCAGGCACAGCGAACAUCGGUGAAGGCCCUGGAGGUAAAGUGGUAGUUUCCUCCAGGCACUCCUUGAGCAACAUUCAAGCAUCUCUGUACUCCAAUUCUUUCAGUAAGAGGAAGCUCAACAUAUCUGAUGAUGGUGAAGGAAAUCUAGAAGAACCGCCGAGCACAUGUAAGCGACUGCAUAGAACAUCAAGCGUUCCAUUUGACUUGAACCUCCCUGUCGACGAGGCCGAAGCCCAUGAUGGUGAUGACGACAGCAGCCAUGAGUACUCGUCUGGCAAUCCAGAUGGAUCUGUUGACAACCUGUUGCGUUCAGUUGAUGAGUCAAUCCGCUUCAAGCCGAUUGACUUUGGCAAACUCUGCGAGGAAUUGUUUGAGGAGUUUAUCAAUACCAUGAGGAGUGCCGUGGGUUCUGGGUGCAGGUUAGAGAUAGAUGUUGGGGCCAUGGAGCAAAUAUUGGCAGCAGCAUGGGCAUCAGAUUCAGAGGAGAAGCGGCCUGUGCGGACAUGGGUGGAGCAGGUGUUUGCCAGGAGCCUUGAGCAGCUGAAGGUCAAGUGUAAGGAUGUGAGCGGGUCUACUCUGAGACUGGUCGCGUGCGAGGACGCGGUUGUGAAAGAUGAAGGUUUUGGAGGUCUACUUCCCUCAAGAAUCAUCCUAGAUGGAUGAUGAUGAUGAUGUGUAUGUAUAGGGAUGGUUUAUUUGCAUUAUUGGUAGCUGUAAAGUAUUGGCGGCCGUCAUAGUAAAUACUACUAGUAUAUAUAGCGGUAUUGAUAGUAUAGCAUGACGCCAUCAUUAAUUGGUCGCUGAAUAAGCAAAGAGAGCAGUCUAGGUAGGUGAUGCCGAUGCCUAUGGCUAAAACUGAAUCAGGCGGCAUGUAUAUAUAGCUAGUGAUUGUUGUAAGAAGGAAGGAAGGAAGGAAGGAAGGAUGAGGAUGAUACCUCCAUGGCUCCCAUCGAACUAAAGUAUGAUGAAGAAAAGAAAAACCAGCGUGCUUGGCUA